GAUUCAAUUCCAAUCAUUCCCGAUAAUUUUUCCCGAUCAUAUACAUUUUGGCAAUGCAUUAAGAAAAAAAUGAAUAAAACUCGGACGAAUAUAUACAUUCAACAUACAGUACAUAAGUACUGUAUUUGUUUAUUAUGACAAUAAAUCCUCAAGAUGGCAUUUACAUUAUUAACAUUCUGUGAGAGGGAUCCACGGAUAGAAAGACUUGUAAUUCUUAAAGGAUAAAUGUGACUUUGUAUAUUGUGACUAAAUAUUGCCAUCUACUGUAUUUGUUGAGCUUUCAGUAAAUGAUGCUUUAGCCCAACUGUUCUGCCCAAAUGCAUGAUGGGAAGUGCAACCAUGACUGUGCGUAGUGGCACCAAUUGAUAUAUGUUCUCUGCGUUGGGAAAGAACAUAGGGUGUUAAGAAAAAAAUCAACUACUACCUUUCUUCCCCACAUUGCUUCCCACGAUGUUGCUAAUUGUUGAGAGAGGGAUUUUAAAGCUUUAGCCAACUAAAAAAAGGCUCCAAAGACUGCCAAAAUUCACUCUACUCAUUUUACCCUGCCUUUUAGCUCUACACAUAGGUAAAACGGUGCCAUUAUAGAUUGAACGCGACAAUGCGUGAGUGGGUCGUGCAGCGCAUACGUUAAUUGUGUUAAAUAUUUUAGCGUGAUUAAUUUUUUUUAAAAAUUAAUUACCGCCAUUAACGCGAUAAAUUUGAUAGCCCUACUUUAAGCUAAAACUAAAGACUCUUGAUGAGUGUAAGACAUUUUGUCUGUAACGUUAAAUACAAUUAGAAAACAAUUUAAUUAAAAAAUAUAUAUAUAUUAAAAAAAGGCAUGUCCGAUAUUUUUUUGCCGAUUCCGAUACUUUGAAAAUAAUGUGAUCGGAUCCGAUCGAUUGGGUUUGUUUUGAAUUUGUUUGCAUUUAGUUUUAUUGAUUUGGGUACACUGCCCUCUAGUAGCAACAGUGAAUAUGACAUAACUCAUUUUACAUGGCUUAGUCCAGCUGCUCCCUGUUGAGACCAAAAUAAGCUUUGUAAGUUGUAAGUUUUGGUUUGAGCUACUGUUUUUUUUUAAUGCAUUCGUAAUUUAGCUUAUAGGUGUAUUUAACGAUUUUUGUGGGAAUUUGUGUUUGAACCAUUUAAGAGCAUUAAAAAAAAAGUUAGCAUUUUAUAGCAUUUAAGCUAGUGGACUUUUGUAAUUGUUCUUUUGUUGUACUUCGAUCCUCAUGUAUUUAUUUCCAUACCGUUUUUUAUGUUCCUUAUCAGAUUACUUGAUUAUUCGCACUAACUAGUUCAUCGAUUAAACUACUACUAAAACAAUCGAUAGCUGCAGCCCUACACCGGUUUUAUCCUACUCUCGUCUCAUCUCGUCUUUCCUGUUCAUUUUGCUUUUGCUGAUCGUUUUGUGAAAUAUCAACAGUGCUGUCCUGAUCAUUAAUGUUCCUCUCGGAUUCAAAUUGAAAAGGCUGAACAGAUGACAUGUUUAUGUCGGUAGUCAUACUCUGGAAGCCCGGCAGCGUAGUCCAGUGACAUCACCGCCCAGUGACGUCAACAACAAUUGUGGCCUACUAGUUAAACAAAUUUUACAAAUUGUACAAAAAUGAAAAAAAUCAAGAGGGGUUUUAAUAUUGAAUUAAUUUAACACAUACUAAUGUUUUUCUGUGGUUCCCUUUAAAGAAAUUAUUUUUGGAAUUGUUUCAUUACAUUACAUUUGAUUUUAAUUGUCUAAAAAACAAUCUUUUGCCAGACUUGCUGUCUUUUGACAUUUAUUCACCUUCAAAAGCAUACAUACUUAGGAAUGUACUGCAUGAUUGCUGUCACAUUCACCAAAAAUAGCGGCAUGUCACGCUCACAUCUUCGGAAUAGUGACUGAUAGAAAACUUGCACAAGGACAAUAGUGAGUCUAGUGACCCUAAGUAUGUUCUUUGCACCGCACGGAGUGGCGGGUGCCGUGCGUUCGUGCGUGGGUGAGGGGAAGCCCUUAACGACCCACUUCCUGUCAUCUCCUUGGCAACAACAAUUUUCAAAGAAGUCCCGAGAGGAACAUGAAUGGCGAGCAAGCGGGCACCAGAAUGGAUUGUUCACUGCAUUGGAUGUUUCAUCUGAGUGAGCGGAUUACCAAGGAUUAUAUCCAGGAGUGGACUUUUUCUUUGGAUUUUUCUUACAAAUAUUAAUAACACAAUACCAGGAUUUACGCUGAAGUGUGAUGAUACGGAGAAACUCGCCUCUCAAGAAUCAUAAUUGUCCAAGUUGAGUGGUGAGUAUACUGUUUUUUAACUUUUUACUAUUGUAUGCCAGUUAAAAUGUGACUUGAAACCCCUACUAUACUUAUAGCGAAGCUUUUACAACUGAAAAGUUGCACCUGAUGACCGGCGUCGGCAGUUUUAACAAGAUUCAGCACGCAACGUAAAUACGUUGAGGACCGGGAUGCAAAUGUGGGUCCUUGGAGUGGACGUUAAUGAGGCACUCACCUACGCAGAUAACAAGGCUGGCCAAGAGAUGAGCGUUUCCCGCUGAACGUAAUUGAUGCAGAACUGAGUGGCCUGGUGCUGUCCUUUGCUGUUUCCCCCUACCCUUUCCCUAAUUCUUCUGCCCCGCCCUGCUCGGACUUUAAGCAGCCAUGACAAAGUCAUAUGAGUUCAACUGGCAGAAGCCUGUGCCUGAGUUCAUGCAAGAGGGCGCCUCUUUCGACAGAUUUGAUGAGGACCCGUACAUCUUUGAGCCAAAUUGUCAGGUGAAGGUGGAUGAGUAUGGCUUCUUCGUCUCGUGGAAAAGUGAAGGAAAGGAGGGCCAGGUGCUGGAGUGCUCCCUUAUCAAUAGUAUCCGCGUCGGUGCCACUCCAAAGGACCCUAAAAUCCUGUCGUCGUUCGAGGCCAUUGGCAAGACAGAGGCCGACCUGGAAGGCUGUAUCAUCUGUAUCUGCAGCGGUGCCGAUCUGGUCAACCUCAACUUUAUGUUCAUGGUGGCAGAGAACGCAGACACGGCCAGGAAAUGGACGGAGGGGUUGAGAUCAGUGAUUCACAACUUCAAAGCCAACAACGUUUGUCCGAUGACUUCUCUGAAAAAACACUGGAUAAAGAUGUGCGUCCUGACCAAUGUGAACGGCAAGAUUCCUGUUAGAGGGAUUACACGGACGUUUGCGUCUGGCAAGACCGAGAAGGGUAUUUUCCAGGCCUUGAAGGAUUUGGGCCUUCCUAGUGGCAAGAAUGAUGAAAUUGAGCAAUCGGUGUUCACGUUUGACAUUUUCUACGCACUCACGCAGAAGAUUUGCCCUCGCACGGACUUAGAGGACCUUUUCAAGAAGAUCAAUGGGAGCAAAAGUGAUUAUUUAACAGUAGACCAGUUAGUCAGCUUUCUCAAUGAAAACCAGCGGGACCCUCGGCUCAACGAGAUCCUCUUCCCGUUCUACGACCCCAAGAGAGCCACCCAGAUCAUCGAGAAAUACGAGCGGGAUGAAGAGCUGAAGAAGAAAGGCCGCAUGUCCAGCGACGGUUUCUGCCGCUACCUAAUGUCGGAUGAAAACGCGCCAGUGUUCCUGGACCGCCUCGAGCUGUACCAGGACAUGGACCAGCCGCUGGCUCACUACUUCAUCAGUUCGUCCCACAACUCCUACCUGACGGGCCGACAGUUUGGCGGCAAGUCAUCGGUGGAGAUGUAUCGCCAGGCAUUGCUCUCUGGGUGCAGAUGCGUUGAGUUGGACUGCUGGGACGGCAAAGGGGAGGACCAGGAGCCCAUCAUCACUCACGGCAAAGCCAUGUGCACAGACAUCCUUUUCAAGGAUGUGAUCCAAGCUAUCAAGGAAACGGCUUUCGUCACCUCGGAGUUUCCUGUUAUUUUAUCCUUUGAAAACCACUGCAGUAAACCACAGCAGUACAAAAUGGCCAAGUACUGCGAAGAGAUCUUUGGCGACUUUCUACAGAAGCAGCCCCUAGAGAACUUUCCGAUCGAAUCUGGUCGACCUUUGCCCUCGCCAAAUGACCUCAAACGAAAAAUCCUCAUCAAAAAUAAGCGGUUGAAACCCGAAGUGGAGCAGAAGCAACUGGAGGCCUUCAAAAAGCACAUGGAGGCAGGAGAGACCAACACCACUGCCAUUAUCAUGGGAGAGGAGGACGACGCAGAGAACGGAGAAAAGGAGCCCGAUGAUAAGGAUGUGACUUCAGAAGCGCCUAGCAGCCUGUCGGAGGCGACCAGUGACAAGGAGGCCAACAGUGACUCUCAACCUAAUGCCAACAGUGACUCUCAACCUAAUGCUGCAAGCACGAAGAAAGUCGAAGAGUCCAACAACAGUAUCAAGAAGGUGCCCGACAACGACGCAAAAGAGGCAUCCGAAGCUACGGAAGUAGCUGACGUUACAGAUAUCUCAGAGGCGUCCGACCCAGACAACAACAAGAAGGGCGGCGACGGCUCCGAGGACUUGGAGGAGGCUUUGAUUGCUCAGUAUACAUACGUGGGCGCCACCACAAACAUCCACCCGUUCCUCUCCGCUAUGGUCAACUACGCGCAGCCUGUCAAGUUCCAGAGUUUUGAUGUAGCCGAGGAGAAAAAUAUCCAUCACAACAUGUCAUCUUUCAACGAGUCGGUGGGCCUCGGCUAUUUGAAGACUAACGCCAUCGAAUUUGUCAACUACAACAAACGUCAGAUGAGCCGUAUCUACCCCAAAGGGGGUCGAGUGGACUCCAGUAAUUACAUGCCUCAGAUCUUCUGGAACGCCGGCUGCCAGAUGGUCUCGCUCAACUUCCAGACCCCAGAUUUGUCCAUGCAGCUGAACCAAGGGAAGUUUGAGUACAACGGCUCCUGCGGGUACCUACUGAAGCCUGACUUCAUGCGGCGGUCGGACCGCAUGUUUGAUCCCUUCUCAGAGACGCCGGUGGAUGGGGUCAUUGCCGCCACGUGCAGUGUACAGGUUUUUUCAGGCCAGUUCCUUUCGGACAAGAAAAUUGGCACGUACGUGGAGGUGGACAUGUAUGGCCUGCCGACUGACACCAUCCGCAAAGAGUUCCGCACGCGCAUGGUGAUGAACAACGGGCUCAACCCAGCCUACAACGAGGAGCCCUUUGUCUUUAGAAAGGUAAUCUUGCCGGAUCUGGCGGUGCUGCGGCUAGCGGUGUACGACGACAACAACAAGCUGAUCGGCCAGCGCAUCCUUCCGCUGGACGGCCUGCAGGCCGGCUACCGCCACAUCUCGCUGCGGAACGAGGGCAACAAGCCCCUCUCGCUGCCCACCAUCUUCUGCCAGAUCAUCCUCAAAACCUACGUGCCCGACGGCUUUGGGGCAUUUGUCGAAGCUUUGUCCGACCCAAAGAAGUUUCUGACAAUCGCGGAGAAGAGAGCUGACCAGAUGAAAGCCCUCGGCAUCGAUACGAACGACAUCGCUGACGUCCCUAGCGGAAGCUCCAAAAACGACAAAAAGGGAAAGGGCAAAGGGGACACGGUGAAGGCCAGCGUGACGCCACAGAGCAGCGCGGAUGUCGCGCAGACCUCCAACGCGGCCCAGAACAACACGGCGGAGACCAAGAAAGAUAACGCAUUGGUACCGAAUGUCAGCAUUGACGACUUAAAGCAAAUGAAGACGUACCUUAAACUCAUUAAAAAGCAGCAAAAGGAUUUGAGCACUAUAAAGAAGAAGCACUUGAAGGAUCAAAACACGAUGCAGAAAGCGCACAGCACGCAGGUGGACAAGAUGGCAUCGGCGCACGACAAAGAGAAGAGCACACUGGAGAAGCUGCUGGAGAAAGCCAUUAAGAAACGAGGGGAAAACAACUGCCAAGAACUGAAGAAGGAAACCGAAGUCAAGAUCCAAAAGCUGGUCACCGAUCACAAAGCAAAGGUAAAGGACUUGACGGCGCAGCACACCAAGGAAUGGUCGGAGCUCAUCGGCGGCCACGCCAGUGAAGAGCAGGGGCUGAAGGAUGCCCACGUCACGCAGCAGUGCGAGCACCUCAAGAAGCUGCUGAGUAGCGUUCAGGAGCAGCAGACCUCACAGCUCAAACUCAUACAUGAACGGCAGAGCAAAGAGAUGCGAGCCAACCAGGCCAAGAUGUCUAUGGAGAACAGCAAAGCUAUUAGUCAGGAUAAGAGCAUCAAAAACAAGGCGGAGAGGGAAAGGAGAGUGCGUGAGUUGAACAGCACCAACACGAAGAGGUUCAUGGAUGAGCGAAAGAGGUUGGCCAUGAAGCACCAGAAGGAAAUAGAGCAGUUGGAGAAGAACCAGAAAGAGCAAGUGGAGAAACUGGACAAGUUUAAUGAGCAGCUUUUGGCAUCACACCAUGAAAACAAACAAAAAGGCAAAGGAAAUGGAGCAGAUGGCCAUGUCGGAGGAGGAGAUGGACCGCAGACCUGCCCCGUUGGUGUGAGCGUCUGACAUGCGCACACACACGCACACAUACACACGCGCCAAAAGCUACACCCCCCACCCCCCCACAGACACACUGUAGCCCCCUUCAACACCAUUUAGCUUUGGAACUGUGCACAUAAACACUUUGUUUGUAUGUGACAUGAUUGGAAUGUAGCACUGUUUGUACAAUCACACUUGAUUUCUAACUCAAUGCUGUUUUUCUAUCAUAUUUUGUUGAAGUAGCACUGUUAAAAAAGAAAAAAGAAAAAAAAGCUCACCGGACGCCGACACCACAAUGAAUAAUGGUCACGCUGUUUCUUACAUUGCCUACAUUGUUUUAAGUGGCCCCUUUUCCAAUACACAUGAAUUCUGUUUUUUUUUCUCAUCAACCACAUCCAUGGAAUUGUGUUUUGUUACACAAUCAUUACGUGAUGAAUAUUUUUGUAUCCAAUUGAAUGGAAGAGUAAUGCAAAAAAAAUAUUUGUUCUUAAUUUGAUCUCACUGCGAAAAAAUUAUUUUGUUGGUUCAAAUGUUGUAAUGUUGCAAAAUGGGUUCUGGCAAAUUAAUGUUUUAAUGCGUUUUAUUGGAUUCUCCCUUUAAAUCCUCACUGAAAUGUGUUUUAGCGUGUAAAACGGGCGGGCAAGUUUAUUAUUUUUAUCCGUUCAACAUAUUCAGUGUCAUGCUAUCAAAUAUUAAAAUUAAAAUAUUUUUAAAAAACAAAAUUUUAGAUGAAUUAAUUACGGGUAGUUUAUUUAUUACAUGUGCUUUUUAAACAAAGCUAACUCAUUUGCUGACAUUGAUAGUGAUAGACGUCCAAACCAUUUUGAUCGAACGAUCCCUGCCAGCCCCCCAGUCAAAUUCGAUUGGUUGCUAUUGCCGACAAUGGCAAUGAAACAUGAUCACUCAAUGUCAGCCAUCCCGGUUCAAAUGGAUUUGAUGUCGAUGGGAGUGAAUGAGUUAAAGAAGAAAUUCAUUCAUCUUCUGAACCGCCUACCCUAACGAGGGUCGCGGGGGUGCUGGAGCCUAUCCCAUCCAACUCUGGGCAGUAGGCAGAGUACACACCGGAACUGGUAUAAAGAUGAUAUGUUAAAGUUAAAUACAACAAAACUGCACUUAAUCAUUGAUGACAGAUAGUCCCCGGUUUACGAACGUGUUCCGGCGAUGUAACUUACGAUGUAACCUGGAUUUCCGCAAAAGUUGGAAUUUACCCUUUGAAUACCUCUAAACACCCUCUAAAUUAAAAAAUAAAAAACCUAUCCAAAAACACGUUUUAUACGUCAUUGUUCUGUCCUCACCUAGAUGUUGGAGCUCAGUCCUAGCUAGACAGCGAGCUAAGCUCCGAAAUGACGAUGUCAAACAUACGUGUGGUUUGCUGACUUUAUUCAGCUGCAAAUGACAUCAAGACAUGCAGAAUGAAACUAAAAUAAAAUUAAAUCAGUCUCAUCUUCAAUAAGAGCAAUUCAAAUUUGUGUUUACAAGUAGCUGCUGGUACAGCAAUAACAAACGAUUAGCAUGUAUCAGUUAGCGUCCGCACAUCAUCAACAACAAUCACUUUAACUCGCGUUCGCCCACAAUUGAAAAUGCACAAUAAAAAGUACAAAAGGGGUUAUAUACAGUUGUCACCUCUGGAUGCUUCACAACAAACAAAUGUGCGCGCAGGCUGUCACCUCUUCACUCGGCUGCAGUUUUCCUCGUAUGUGCGUGUGUGGGGUGGACGGUGUGUAAAUGGGUCGCGUGUGAAGUACAACUUACUCUUCGCUUGCCGCGCCAAAAUAAAAACAUGCAUCGCAAAACAAAAGUCAACAUUAAAAAGAAAAAAAAAAAAACGAGACGGGCAUCGUUAGUCUCAAUCACGAAAGUCGGAUUCGUCGUAAGCAGGGGACUACAUAUAUUUAUAUUGUGCAUCACUAGAGGGCGGCCAUGUACCACUUUUGGUAUACACUCACACAAAUUCAACAAUAGCCCUGAGGGCAAAAGCUGUGAGACAGCGAGAACCAAAAGUGGUUUUUGGUAUGUGGCAAAAGGGAUUUUGCCAUGUGGCUUUUUUUUUUUUUUUUUUUUUUCCCAUAUGGCAAAUUUGAUUUUGCCAUGUAGCUUUUUUUUGCCAUGUGGCAACAUGGUUUUUGCCAUGUGGCUUUUUUUUUUUUGCCAUGUGGCAAAAUGGAUUUUGCCAUGUGACAUUUUUGCCAUGUGGCAAAAUUGAUUUUGCCAAGUGGCAUUUUUCUUUUUCUUUUGUAUGUGGCUAAAUGGAUUUUGCCAUGUGACUUUUUUUUUGCCAUGUGGCAAAAUUUAUUUUGCCAUGUGGCAUUUUUUUGGUAUGUGGCAAAAUGGAUUUUGGUAUGUGGCAUUUUUUUUUUUUUUUGCUAUGUGGCAAAAUAGAAUUUGCCAUGUGACAUUUUUUUUUCCACGUGGCAUUUUUUUGCCAUUUGGCGAAAUCGAUUUUGCUAUUUGGCAUUUUUUUUUUGUAUGUGGCAAAAUGGAUUUUCCCAUGUGGCUUUUUUUUGUAUGUGGCAAAAUUGAUUUUGCAAUGUAACAUGUUUUUUUUUGCCAUGUGGCAAAAUUGAUUUUGCCAUUUGGCAUUUUUUUGGUAUGUGGCAAAAUGGAUUAUGGUAUGUGGCAUUUUUUGGUAUGUGGCAAAAUGGAUUUUAGUAUGUGGCUUUUUUUUUUUUUUUUUUUUUUUUGGUAUGUGUUAUUUUGUUUUGGGUGUAUGGCAUUUUUGCGAUUGAUGGCUAUGCACGUUCAGAGUUUUCCAUUCAUUUUAAAUGGCAGAAAAAUAUGUGUGGCUGUGAUUUUUGACUAUACAGUGCCACGUGCCAGUUGCCAGUUGAGUGUCAAUGCGCUGUAAUGGUAAGUGUAUGGUCAAAAAUAACAGCCACACGUUUUUCUGCCAUUUCAAAUGAAAGGAAAAUUUGGAUGUGCAUAACUGUCAAUGGCAUGGACGUGCAUGGCCUGCAAAAAUGCCAUAUACCCCCAAAAAAAUACCACAUACCAAAAAAAAAAUGCCACAAACCAAAAUCCAUUUUGCCACAUAGCAAAAAAAUGCCACAUACCAAAAUCCAUUUUGCCACAUUGCAAAUACCACUUUUCGUUCUCGGCCCUGCUGCAAAAGUUUGCGCACUAAUGCAAAAAUAAUACACAAAGGCAUAAUUCAAGUCAAGUUGAUGUAGAAAACUACAAAAAUGGCCACCAAAACUGCUACUGUGCAUGCAUCAUCAUCAUGACAUCGUUACGACACAAAUGACGAAACGUCUUUUUAAAAUUUUUGUUGUCUGUCUUAAUUUAAAAAAAAAGCUUGUCACGACCUCCCCCCCCAAAAAAACAAGAAAAAGUGCUUUUAUUCUUUGGCUUUGCAAAUGUGCCACUCGGUGUCUGUUAGGGAUUGUUUUAACUUAUUUGAGCAAGUGUCAAUGCCAAAUUCAAGGGUUGUUUAUAUGGAGAUCUCUAUAUACGUACAUACAGUAUAUAUAAAUAACUGAAAAUAUAUAUUAUAUAUAUUAGAUAUGAUGUCUAGUUCAAUUGUUUGUUUGUUAGAGGCUUUUUUCUUUUUUUUUUUUGCACUUAUGUUGUCUUUCAACUGUCUAGAAGCAAAAAUUAUUUUUGCAAAUGUAUUUUCUUUUAUAAUUGUAGCUCAAACCAAUCUGUGUGCGUGUGUGCGCGCGCUCUUUCAUUCUUUUUUUUUUUUUUCUAUUGUACUGUUUGACCUCUAGCAAAGAUGACGCGGUUGUUACCUGGCUCCUUUAAUACUGUUUUAUAGUAUGUGUAUUAAUAAAUGACAGUGGAACAUGGGACCUCAAAACAUCAGCUUGCUUGUGUUUUUUGGGGUGCAUUUUACAUCUCAGCACCACAAGAAAUCACAAAAAUCAUACCUUUAUUAUCCCGCUUCCAGUUUGUGAUAAACGAGUUAACGCUGGGUUUAGUUUUUUUGUUAUUUUUAAUGGCAUUUUAUGUCCAAUGGAGUCUGUUUUCAGUGUGAAUUCACUUACUUCACAUACAAAUGCUCUUCUUAGCUUGAAGACAAAAAAGAAAACAACUACAAAAAAAAGUCAAUAAUAAAAUGUUAACUCCCACAUACUGUACUUGCAAAAAAAAAAAUAGUCCAUCCAGAAUCACAAGGAGGCGCAAUAGAGCGUGAAAAGGAGAGUUGAUUUUUCACAAGAGGACGUAAAAAUUCUCCUGUGAGUGGUUAGCCCAGUAAAUUACAAAUUUUCCCUUUUUUUCCGAUGAUGGUUUCUGAAAGUUGUAUACCAACGAAUUCAAAAAAGAAAGACAUGAUUAUCAAAAUGUGGCAAAGUGAACAAAAAUAUUUAAGCGGCAAACAUCCAACAAGUCCAACAUAUCACUUCAUCCAGAAAAGAGCUCAUUUGGGGAGUGCAAAAUAUAUGAAAAAAAAAUUAAACAACAAAAUCAUUUAAUAUUGAAAUACUUUUAAAAACUCAUCUUUUUUGUGUGUGUGUUUUUUUAAAAAAAGAACACUGCAAAUGUAAGUACUAAAAAGUUAAUCUAUUAAUAAUGUAAGUAAAUGUAAAUGACAAAUACAACAAUUUAUUAAAAAUUCAGUAGCAUCAACUCCGCACUCUCUAAAAAUGUAGAAAACCUACUACUGUCUGAAUGGUUUCCAAAAAUUUUGAAUAGUAGACUUCAAACAACAAAAAAACUCUAAAAGUAAAUCGAAUACAAUUUAAAAAUCCGCCCAAAAAGUUUUUAUUUUAUUUUAUUAUUUUUUUAAUUUUCUAAAAUCUAAAGUCGGAUAUUCACAUCAGCUGGAAAAACGACGCAUCCAACUUUUCCAAGGUGCCACAAAACCCACCAAAGCACACAAACCAAAGGUCAUGUUCAUGUUUACCAAAAUCGACAACUAAAAUAUUUAGUAUGACAGAGUAUUUAUUUUCUGAAAUAUAUUGUGUUCUUUUUAUACUGUAGCUCAAAUAUGAUUGUAAAAUAUUAUUCUUAGCUUGAAGACCAAAAACAACAAAAAACUCAAUGGUAAAAUGGUAACUCCCAUAUACAUACUGUACUUGCAAAAAAAAAAAAAAGUCCAUCCAGAAUCACAAGGAGGCGCAGUAGAGCGUAAAAAUAAGUCCAUGAUGGGACGUAAAAAUCCUCUUGUGAGUAGAUUGCCCAGUAAAUUGCAAAAUUUCCCUUUUUCGAUGAUGGUUUCUCAACAAAGUCAAAAAAGAAGGACAAGAUUAUCAAAAUGUGGCGAAGUGAUCAAAAAUGUUUAAGCUGCAAACAAGUCCAAGAUAUCACUUCAUCCAAAAAAGGGUCAUUUUGGUUUGUUUUUUAAAGGUGCAAAAUAUAUAUAACCCAACCCCCUUUGAAAAUUAAACGAUAAAAUCAUUUAAUAUUCAAAUUUUUUUUUUCAAGUCCAUCUUUUUUGUGUUUUUUAAAGAACAAAUGCAAAUGUAAGUAUUAAAAAGCAAAUCUAUUAAUAAUGUAAAUUUAAAAAUAUAUAACAAGUCAUUAAAAACUCAGUAGCAUUAACUCCGCACUCCCUAAAAUUAUACAAAAACCUACUACUGUCUUAAUGGUUUCCAAAAAUUUUGAAUAGCAAACUUCAAACAACAAAAAAACUCUUUAUUUUAAAAAAAAAAAAAAAUCAUGUACAAUUAAAAGAACUACCCAAAAUGUUUAAAAAUCUUUUUUU